CUUCUUUCUUAUUUAUAUAUAUAUCUUCUUAUUGACUUCACUUUUAUUAUAAUACAAUACAUUACAACCAUCUAUUAUAAUGUACUCACCAGACGAGUAUGAAAUCUUAGCAGAAGUAUGUAGUGUAGCCUGUAUCACUAUUUUAUCACUUAUCUUUGGUAGAAAAGUAGCAAGUAUUGAAGGAAGAGUAUAUUAUAUUCGUGGUUUACUUUUGGCAUUAUAUGGUUUCUCUUGGGCUAUUGCUUUGAUUGGUUGUAUGUUGACCAGCACCAAUAAUGGUAAUAGUAUCUCUUGUUCUCUCUCCUUUUUCAAUAUCUCUUUGAUAUAUACUAUUACUAAAGUCAUUCUAUAUCUCUAUUGGAUCGAAAAGCUUUAUAUUAUCUCUAUGCCAAAAAUCUCCAGGUUUCGAUCUUUUGCUUAUAAUUUCAACGUUAUCAUCUUAUUACCGUAUAUUGCAUUGAUAGUAUUGAUGAUCUAUUAUCGUGUCAUAUUUGUCAAUCAGGAAGUACCAUAUCAUUGUUGGAUCGGAUAUCGUUUACCAGCAUCAAUUGCUGUUCUCGGCUACGACAUCUUUAUCACACUCAUGUUUACCAGUAUGUUCGCCAAAUAUUAUUUUAUGCCCAAUUCAGCACAACAAAGUUCUCAAUAUGCCAUGGCUCUAAAGGUCACUACUGGAAGAAAUAUCAUUAUUGGUUUGGUUGCCUUGUCAACCGCUCUUGUAAAAUAUUGUCUUACUGUUGUCUAUCAAGAUGGAUUAAGAGGUUUAGUUGCUACUUGUGUUACUACUUUGGACGUUACUAUUGUUUCUUGCGUAGUUCAUUGGGUCACUACUCAUCCUGCCGAAACUCAAUUCAUGGAUCGUAUCUUACCCCAACAAAACAACAACGAAAAGCCUCUCAAGUUGGAAAUCAAGCAACAUCAAGAAGUUGUAGUGCUGACGGAGCUGAGCUCUAAAGCUUAAAUAUAUGAUUGCAUAUGGCCUCUCUAAUACAUUAGUUAGUUAGAUAACAUUAUUUACCCUUUCCUCUUACUUCAUUCAUAUAGUCUUUAUUCAUUCAUUAUAUUAUUAUUUUACUUCUUAUAUCAAUUUCAAUUUGAAAUAAAAUUGAAAUCUAUUUUUUUUUAUA